AUGGCUCAUUCACCCCUUCUACGGACCUUGAUGCGUUUCAGGCUGGAUAGUAGAAGUGUGGCGUUGGUGAAUUAUGAGAUAGCUUUAGAAGAUGUCAGUGUCAAACUACAGCAAUCUCCAAACCUGGAAAAUUUUGACGAUGAUCGAUGGACAGACCUGCGUAAAACCCACGAAAACAAAAAGCUGCGGGAAGCUCAGCAGAAAGCCUACGAAAGCCACUUCAUUGCCAAAAUACUAGAAAAAAGAAAGCUUCAACAAGCCGUUUUGAGUAGAUCACAGUACGGUACCAACAAUAUCCUCCAGACAUGGAAAGGGAUACUUCCGACAAAACUCAGGGAGAUAAAAAUGGCUCUGGCUAAAUCUGGAUUCGCCGAAUGGAGACCUCCGUUACCCUCCGAGUCUCUGCUGUCCGAACAAAAGACAUAUAAUCCUCUGUCGAAUGGUCGUGUCCAUGUGGCGGAGAUAGGCCUCAUAGACAGGAGACUGCUUCACCAUGCCUUAACUCCAAGGUUUGUGCCAAAGCCACAUUUCAAGAUGGAGAGACAGAGACUUCAAGCGAAAAGCGCUGAGUUUUCGGCCUUCGUAGAAAAUAACCGUCAUAUCAUACCGCGUCCCCAAGACGAUUCUUCGGAUGAAGGUCUUCUGUCUGUAGGUGAGCCGGAUGAUGACUUCGAGGGCGAUAAUACGAAGCGAAAGGCUGGGCUUGGUAAGAGAAAACGUACCGUAACGGAUAAGCCAAAGAAACGCACAAGAAAGCCUGCUAAAUUCAUCAAAUUGUAUGAUUGCAAGGCCCACGACCGUACCCAUUUAAAUUCCCAGGCAAUCAACGUUUUUUCUUUAACGCAGCAAAGACUGCCUCGGAUAGAGUCGUCUGCAUUCGAACGAGUAAAUAGGACUAUUAGCAAGCGCAACGAUGACUCUCAGUCAUCGACCGCCACGGACAUUGACGAAGACCUCAGGGUGGAGGAAGUACAAAUAUAUGGGACUCUACUACCUUUCCAGUUUCCAUUCGAGCAAACUGAUGAUGGAGAACCACGGGAACCAACCAUCGAAGACGUAGCUCAAUAUCAAGCAUGGAGGCACCGCGUCAGUCCCUUUUUUGAGGAGCGAGAUCGAUACAUACAGAGCAGGAUUUACUAUGAACGGACCAACGAUCGCCAGCUAUCGCAUGCCGUUCAAUCACUGGUAGCAUUCUGGUCUAAAAUGAAAGCACAGCUAAAUGCCUAA